GAUGUUGGCACUACUAUAGUACCAAUCGCCUAGAUUAACCUAGAUUUACUCCUCAUUCAGGCUUUAGACAUCAUCAAAUCGCAGGCAAAGGAGAGGCAGGACGCGGAGGACGCGAGAGCGAUCAGGGCGAAGUAACACCCUCCACAACGACAUUCACCGAUAUGACUGCAGCCGUCUCUGUCGACAUCGAAGGCGGCACACUACGCACCUUGGACUGGUUUGUGUUUUUAGCUGCUGAGGCGAAAGUCAGAGAUGAGUUCGAGGGCAAUGUCUUAAUCUCGGAUCCAAGUACGAACCUUGAGACCUUCCAAAUAUGCGAAAUCAUGUCGGUGGUGAUGCGACCGCGUUCUAAGUUUCCCGACGAGAGGAAGCUCCGGAUCGAAGGCUGCGCCACGAAGGAGGACCUCACCCACCCUGCAGAGAUUGGCCGCGAAGGCCAGCGCUACCUCAUGGUCGGCAAAGACGGCAACACUUAA